UUGCCCAUUCACCCUCAAUGGCACACAAUACACAUUCCAUUUCUUCUUCUGUGGGGUUUAACGGCAGUUGUCAUCCAUAUUGGAGGUUAGUUGGAAGGGUGUUAUUUAAUGCAAGCAUUACCAUCUCCAACUGGACUAUAGUAUAAAUCCAUUAUACUGUGAUACCAUUUUUUUUUUUAAAUAACACCCUUCCAACCAACCUUCCACUCAUUAAAAACCCACUAACCUGUUACACUACUUUGAUCCCAUCUGCUCCUGCACCAUGCCAAUGCCCUGAGAUUACAGGACACCAUUGCUAUGAACGCUAAGAAGCCAACCUUACUGAAGCAUACAUUAUACAAGUAUCACUCAUUGACCUCAGUGUUCUCAGAAUCCCUCACCCAUACUCCUCUACUUUCUUCACUGUCUCAGCUUCUGCAUUACUACUCCUCAUCCUCCUCAGCUUCUGCACUACUCUGGCCACCUCAACCUGCCCCUCUCGCACCGGACACUUCCGAUCCCCAACAACAUGGGAAAAUCCAUGUACCAAGGCUUAAAAAUAACCUGUCUCCUCCCUGUCAUCUAAACUGAUUGAAGUGGAUUUAACAGGUGACAUCAAUAAUGGAUCAUAGCUUUCACCUGGUCAGUCUGUCAUAGAAAGAGGUGUUCCUAAUGUUUUGUACACACUGUAUUUUACAAUUAUUAUAAAACACAGUUGUGAACAAGCAUGAUCAGGCUGUACUGUCAAGAUGCAUUUUUAGGAUAACUGUAAUUCUUCAAUUCAGGAGAGGUGAACUAUUUGGGACUCCCUAAAAAACGCCACCAAGAUACAAGUGACUUUGUAACAGGUAAAGAGGGCAUUUUUGCUAAUACUAACCCUUUUCCUAACAUUGACCUAAUUCCCCUAACCUGCUACGUUAAUUCUCCCAAUCUGCUGCGCAACCCUAACCCGCUACGAAAAAAAUCGUGGUCUGUAUCGAAGGGGCGUGAUUUUAGGAAUCUCGAAAUAUGUAUAAUGAGCAUAUGCGUCUUGUCCUGCAGGGAUUCGUGCUUUUCCGUCUGGGUUCGUUUAUUUUCGAGCUGCUCAUAUUAGUUCCCACGCAUUCUCCUGUUUCAUGCGCGGUGCUGUGCUGGAAAUGGCUGUGUAGGGAGCUGAGAGUUAUGUGCGGCAAAAGAAAGAAAGGGAGAAAGAAAGAAAGCGGAUCAGGAGUGAACCGGGCAAGUGGAAGACUUUAAAGCAUUGAGGGAAAGAAACGGUGAAAGAUAAGGAAAUUAGCUGUCUACAUUUCGACGUGUUGAACAGUUAAAGUGCCGCAACAGCGAGAUUUGGAAGAAAUAUCUGCGGGUUGUCACUGUCCAGAAUGUGAGGAGCCUGAGAAAAUCAACGACUGUUGGACUGUCCUACUUUGCCUCCACCCCCACAGAUGAGGGGUUGACUGAAGAGACCAACACUGGGCCUCAGUUAGGUUUCGAGCUGUCUAGCUUGUUUUUGCUGCUUGAAGGAGCAUGUUGCCAACGCUGUCCCUCUGCUCCAUCAUUUGGUUAAACCGGGGUAUCAAGCUGAGGAAAGUGCUCCACUGCGCCAACACCGGCCAGCUCUAAGACAGGAGCACCCUACCUACCUUGCUGUAUAGACUCGGCCAUUUCAGCAAUGCUUCUAAGCUUCAGUUGAUAGUUCUUUGGCCCUAAACGACCACUACUCCAAGCAAAAUCAUCAUCAUCAUCGUUUCCUGGUUGCCGUAGCAUUGGGCCGAUUUUCGCAUCCUCUCGGCGUCUUCGGCAGCUUUUAACGGUUUCUUAAAAUGGAGGUUGAUGGUUUCCAGUAUCGUGCCCUCUACAUCUACACCAAGGACUUGGAGGAGGACAUUGACCUGCAGCCCGGGGACAUUCUGACCGUCAGCAAGGCCUCCCUGGGCUUCAAGGAGUGGGAUGAGGAGCGUCCUGAGCUCCUGGGCUGGCUGCUGGGCUUCAACGAACGCACUAAGCAGAGGGGGGACUUCCCGGGGACAUAUGUCCAGUUUGUGGGCCCUGUGAGGAUGGCACCGCCGCCCAGUCAGCCUCGCUCCCAAAGACUCCUCCCAGCAGCCCCGGGGCCUGAGCCACAACAAGAUGUUUCUCUUCUGGAUUUGACCGAGCAGUUCACACCACCAGAAACUGCUCCCCACACCCUGGUGAACCUAGUGGAGGCCAUUGAGAAGAAAGGUCUGGACUGCAGGACACUAUACAGGACACCUGUGGCAUCCUCCAACUCUGAGAGCCCAACACAGAGCUGGAGUGGUGAGGUGGAGUCGGGUAGUGACGUGGGUGCCUUGUCGGAGUGUGUGGUCCGCUACCUGAGGGAGCUGCCGUCCCCCGUCAUCCCCCCCGGUGUUUACCCAGACCUGCAGGCUGCGCUGCAGCACGGCGCCGCGGACUUGGCGGCAAGCAGCAGCGGAGGCAGGGAGCUGAGCCUGGUCCUGGAGAGGGCCACUAGUGUGCCCCUGCACCAUCGCCUCACUCUGCAGUACCUACUCACACACCUGGGCAAGGUGGGCCAGGGCUCCCAGCUCAACGGCCUGGACCCUCACACCCUGGGCCUGGUCUUUGGGCCGCUGCUGAUCCGGCCCAGUUCUACUACUGGGUGGGAGGUGGGGGAGGAGUUCCCUGCACUUGCGCUGGAGAGGCUGCUGAUGGAGAGGGCCAUGGGACAGGAAGUCCCGCCCCCUGCUCUACCAGUCAAGCCAAUGAAGGCCAAAACCACGACUCCAGCCAUGACUGAGACUCGCAUACUGAGUGAUUCCGAGUGGUACUGGGGGGAAAUCUCCAGGGAGGAGGUGAACGAGAAGAUGAGAGACACCCCUGACGGGACGUUCAUGGUCCGUGACGCCUCCAGCAAACUGGAAGGAGAGUACACACUGACCCUCAGGAAAGGAGGCAACAACAAGCUGAUAAAGAUCUGCCACCGGGGCGGUCGCUAUGGCUUCUCCGAGCCGCUCACCUUCACCACGGUGGUGGAGCUCAUCAACCACUACCGCCACGAUUCCCUGGCCCAGUACAACGCUAAGCUAGACACCCGGCUCCUCUACCCCGUCUCCAAAUACCAACAGGAGCAGCUGGUGAAAGAGGACAGCAUUGAGGCGGUGGGCGAGCAGCUGAAGGUGUACCACGAGCAGUACCAGGAGAAGAGCCGGGAGUACGACGUGCUCUACGAGGAGUACACACGCACCUCACAGGAGCUCCAGAUGAAGCGCACGGCUAUCGAGGCCUUUGGCGAGACCAUCAAGAUCUUCGAGGAGCAGUGUGAGACCCAGGAGCGCUACAGCAAAGAGUCCAUCGAGAAGUUCCUACGCGAAGGCAACGACAAGGAGAUCCAGAAGAUCCAGAGCAACUCCGAGCGCCUGAAGUCUAGGGUGACGGAGAUCCACGACAGCAAGAGAAAGCUGGAGCAGGAUCUGAAGCAGCAGGCCACUGACAACCGAGAGAUUGACAAGAGGAUGAACAGCCUGAAGCCGGACCUCAUUCAGCUAAGGAAGAUCAGGGACCAGUACCUGGUAUGGUUGACACAGAAGGGGACGAGGCAGAAGAGUAUAAAUGAGUGGCUGGGCAUAAAGAACGAGGCAGAAGACUCAUACUCGCUGGUGGAGGAGGAUGAGGGCUCGCCCCACCACGACGAGUGCACAUGGUACGUGGGCGACAUCAAGCGCACCCAGGCAGAGGAGCUGCUUAGGGACAAGUGUGACGGCACCUUCCUCAUCCGAGAGAGCCAGACGCAGAAGGGCUCCUACGCCUGCUCCGUGGUUGUGGACGGCGAUGCCAAACACUGUGUCAUCUACAAGACGGAUAAAGGCUACGGCUUCGCCGAACCUUACAACCUGUACGGCUCCCUGAAGGACCUGGUGCUCCACUACAAGCAAGAGUCCCUGGUCCAACACAACGACCAGCUGAAUGUAACCCUGGCCUACCCAGUCCUCACCCAGACCCUGCAGCAGCACCCUAGAUGAAGGGCAGUGUGACACAACGACCCCCAACGGUGACCAGCACUUCCAAAGCAUGGGGGGGGGGGGAAGCACACUCAUUACGUACCACAGUACCAGCCGCAGUAAACAUGAGAUGAAAACCCUGUUUGUAAACUGAAAACAACAUAAGCACACCGUUAUGAUGGAAGCUUUCAGACCAUAGUUAGAAGAGCAAGAAGGAGUGAGAGUAGAGGGGAGAGAGUCGGAACUGGAGGUUAAAGAUACUGGAUGGAGCUCAGUUUUUUUUUUUUUUUUUUUUUUUUUUUUUUUUUUUUUUGCCUUGGCACCCACUUACCCUUCUAGGCAAAGGCCUGAGCUGUCAUCCCCAGUAAGGACUUGGCUAACCUGGCUGCUCACCACACUGCACUUCACAACAACGAGAUCUAAGAGACGGAGGGGGGCAAUCCAGCAUUCAGAUACAUGGUCCUGGAAAGGUGCGGUGAAGUGGCUGGACAAACCAGUUAACUUUCUAUUAAAAGCUUGCUUAAGUACCAUAGAAAGAGCCUCGAUUGACCACAAGCCUGUGUUGGGAAAGAGGGGAACUAUGUAGGGUGGGAUGCUGGGGUAGGGAGAGGGGUGCAUGACAGAAAGCUCCUCCAGUUUGUUGUAAGAUCAACAUUCUUUAUAAAAAUAGACAUGGUAUAUUUGUUGUAUUGUGAAUAGAUAGAUAUUCACAAUAGAUCAAAUAUAUAUAUAUAUAUAUAUAUAUGAAUGCAGUUUCUAAAGGGAUUCAGGUUUCCCUUUCCGUUUCCAUUUAAUCAUGGGUAGUGGAGAAAUCCCUGCAAGCUUGUUUCUUAUUUCAAAUGUUCUCUUCAAGUGCUUUCUUUUAUACUGUAGCCUAUAGCCAUGAUGGACUAAGGUAUUACUGUUAGUAUUCUUGAGAUGUUCUCAUUUCUAUGCUAAUACACUCGCAGAUCAUCGACCUAUCAGCUCUUAACUCUCAGUAGUGAAUGGCUUAGUCUCUAGGAAGCCUAUGCAGUGUUCUUUUCACAAGCGCUUGCUUUUAUGUCGCAGCGUCACUACUACUCACGGUACUUCCUCUUUUGAGCUUGACUGUUGUUUUUAUUUGACACAAGCUUAAUUCACAGAGCUGUAGAACGUUGUUGUACAAAAUUUUAAAAAAUUGUCGUUUAUAUGAUCCAUAUAUCUACCGACAGUAACAGGCAGUGUGACUGUCAAACAAAGUAUUGAAUGGUUUUCUUUUCAACUGUGUGUGUGUCGUCGUCCCCCCCCAAAUGAAGGAUGUCUUGUCAUGUAGCAAAAAAAAGAUUGGAUCCUUUUUGACAGUAAGCAUGACCACGGAGGUCCGGGGGAUUUCCCAUAAGUACCAUAUGCAUGAGAAUCCUUCUUUUGUUUAGUACCUAGACAACUUGCUCUAGUACUUGUGCUGUUUUAAGUGCAUACGUCUUGUGUACUAGACCUGUAUAAUGCACAAACAAUAGUAAGUGGAUAAGAAUACAUAUAGAUUUACAGACACACUGUCGAAGUGAAUUCCCUCCACGGGUACUGAGCAGUACAUUUGUCGUGCGGCUUAAAGGACUUUCUCUUGCCGACUCUUUCUAUCCCUUUUGCGUAGCUCAGACUUUGUUCACGUGAAGACACUUCAGACAAAUUUCUACCGUUGAUUCGUUACUAAAAGAAGCCUCAUGUAAUGAAACCGAGGAUAUUGAGGAUUUUAAACGUGGUGGCGCUUUUUAGAUUUCUUGAGAAAGCGGAAACUUCCCAGAAAAGGAGUUUUGUUCUUUUUUUUUGUAGAAUGUGCAUAAAAACAUGUCUCACGGUGGGUGCUCCUUUUGGGUCGUUUUAAACAUGAUCAUUUGCUCAGAGCAGAUGUAUUUUUCCCAUAUUGGUUUAAGUACGAUACAUGGAUACUGCAACUGAAUAGUCAUGCUAUUGGAUUGGUUAACUAGUUGGAGGAAAUUGGGAGUAAUUUGGUUUGUGUAAUUGUCACAUUUUAAUUGGAAGUUGCAUAUUGGUGAGAGCAUUUUGUGUUCAAAAUGUAUUUUUGGUACAAAUAUUAGUAGAAGAAAAAUUAUUAUCUAAAGGAAAAAUAGCUUGGUACUGUAUAGUAGUGUUUUGCACAGUUCUUGGCCAGAAGAAUAGCCUAGAAUUUAAACUCGAAGUGACAGUAGUGAGAGGCCUAUAAAAGAGUGAUUCACAAAGUUAAGAAGUGCCUUAGCUCUUCUCUUGUCGUCGUCAUUGUUGGAGGAGCUUCUCUCCUAUAGACCGUGCUACCGCAUACUGUAUGCUUUGUUUAAAAAGCAUUUGCCAAUGAUCUAAUGUCAAACCCCUUGAAGAGAACUGGCAAAUGCGCGUAGUUGUAGUCUCUCCUGUAGUGUGCGAGGUCCGAGUUAUGGAGAUUGUGUUAGUUUAGUUAUGCUUCUCUUUUGUUACAUCAUUUUUAAUAAGUAUUUUUUUGUGACGGGCUAUAGCUUGGUGCUCUUCAGUGAGCAAGGCAGUUUCCUUUGGGGUUUUGUUGUAUAGUUUAUUGAAUCACACCUAGAGUGGAUAGAAAUGUGAAUACACAGUCGUAGCCCAACACGUAGCGUUUGUCCUUUUUAAUAAGCCGAAUCUCAUUCAAUAAGCUCUUAAGUCAAUGCAUGCAGUACUUCUCACGGUGUUUUCAUGUCAAUUCCCUGUGAAUUCAUAUCCUGUUUACCCAUCUACUGACUCAUGUAUUUACUCAGUCCAUCGGACCAACAUUUUGCAAAUGCACUUUUUCCUUAAAGAAAAUUCCACCCAAAAUUUUCUUUUGCUAUUUGCUUAUGAUGCAAAAUGUAGCAUCAUCUGAUGCAAAAUGCAUCAUACCCGGUUGUUUUUUUUGUGUUUUGAAAGUCAUCCAUCUCGAAAACUGGAUUGCUGACAUGGAAAGAAAUGUAGGACUAUAUCACAAGUUAGUCCUAUAUAUUUUUUAUAUAUAUAAAACUUCAACAAGGGACUAAAACAAAUACCAAAAGAGUUUUUGGGUGGAGUUUUUCUUUAAUUGAGUCUCCAAAAUUAGUUAAUUCUAAACUGCAUUAGUGAAGCUCAGUAGGCCAUGAUAGUAUUGUUUGUUUUAUUAAGUGUCAUGUCAGGGAUGUUUUAAUCGGACUUUCUUUGUGAAACAGUGUGUGGGGGGAAAAAAACAUUCAGUGUUCCCCUUACUCGAUACAUUUGGUGGAGGCUUCACAAACUCUGAAAUUGUAAGCCAGUAUUGAGGCAAGUAGGACAAAUGUCCAUUUAUUGCUGUUUUUCAUGAUUUUAAUUGUUUAACUGUGUUAUAAAUCUGUGUUUGGUUUUGAUUGUGCCAGGCCCACCCAUUUCCCAUUCGAAAAUGGGUGACUCGUUUCAAACCAAAUGAAAGGGAAGCUAGACAAUAUGCAAUCGGCAUAUUUGGUCGGUCCUCAACGCUCCAACGGUAUGGAUGUCAUCGCGUCACAUUAACGUCACUUGCAUUAACAUUAAUAACACAUGUGCAGUGAUAGUGUUUCGGCGGUUGUGCCCAAUGAGAUGACUUGGAGCAGGGUUAGCUUUGAGUUGUCCUUUAACCAGUUAUCGUGAAACCACGUGUUAUAGCACCCUCCAAAAUGUUCAGGUGAAUUAUCCAGGCCAUUACUAUUGCUUAUCUUUGGUACAAAACACCUGUAAAUAGUGGUGUCAUACUUCUACCAUAUCAGUUACCGAAUACAAGUAAUUAACAUUUAUUACGUUUGAAUAUUUAGGUUUGAAGCAUAUUUGAAAGAAAUAUAUUGAAAUAUAUCUUGACAUAUUGUUUUGGGUUAUAUAUUCUGAUUUUAAUUAUGCUGGAAAUGGAUCCGAAACAGACGCUGACUAAAUGAGCUUAGAUGUGAAACACGUCUAUUGACAAGUGCCACAGCAGCUUUGCAUCAGUGGGCCAAGUCAUUUCUAGUUUUCAUGUUAACGCCCUGAUGUGUAAGUAAUAAGCUAAGCUUUAUCAAUAUCACCAGCAAGCGUUCCUUUCUUUUAUUGGUUUUAAUUGACCCGCAAUGAUUGAGGAAGAGGAGGCAGGCUCAUCUACGUUUUAAAAUGCAGCGCUGUACCUAGUUGUCCAUGAUGACAUACUGAUUGGCCAACCUUGGCCCCAUUCACCUACUCACACAGAAGUGUCUCUGUCAAAUUUGAGUAGAGAUUAUCAAUAGUCUUGACACAAGUGUCUUUCAGCAAAGCUCCAUUGUUGCUACCCUACCAAGGACGGUGACGACAGAGUUGACCAAUACUGGGACUGACUGGUGUCUAGACUACAGCCUGUAUAUUUUAAGAUUAUAAAAUGUAUUAUCUGAGCAGAAAAUAGAUUCCUAUACAGAUAUGCUUUAUCCAUAGGGAUGGGGAAAGCACUUUUUUUCUCCUUCAUUUAUUUGAAAUCAUGUUGGUAAAAUUACAUGAAAAUAUAUUCUCAGCUUGGAGAUUCUGGUUCUGUAUAUUGCGAGAGGAGGCAGUUUGAAAGUGAUACCAGGGGAGUGUUUGAGGUAUGAAAAUAAUGUAUGAUUCGAAGAGAGGGGCAUUUUAAUAAUUGGAUAAAAGUCCCCCAAAUGCACUAGACAACACAUGAUACUUCAUACCGGCCAAACAUGUUGCCAACAAGUUAAGGAACAAAUUUCAACAGUUCAGAAACACUCCUUCAGUGAAUAACCAACCUUUGUAGAUGGAACAAUGAUGUCAUUGGAAAGUGUUCCUUUAUGGUGCCUAGGGUUUGUUUUUAAUUAGAUUUUUUUUUUUAAGCAAAUUGAUUUGUUUGUCCAAGUGUUUGUUUGUUUUUGUUUGUUUAUCUUUGUUAAUAACCUUACAGAAUCUAUAAAAUAAGCUAGCUUGAAUAUUUUCCUUCAUACAGAAAAGUACAAAUGUUUACGAUAUCUAAUUAACCAAAUAGCAAGUAUGCGUUUGAGAGUCAAUCUGUCUGUCCCGAAAAGGGACCCUGAUAGAUUGAUUUGAUUUCUUUUUUUCCUUUGUCAUUUUAAACUUGAAAAUGUUAUGACUGCUUGUUCUUCUUGUUUUUGAUUAUUUUUGUACUUGUCAAACAGUGCUCCCUCUAAAAAAAAAAAGAAAAGAGGAAAAAAACGAAUUGUUACAGUCUUCUGCUUAGAACAGAAUCGACUAAAUCAUUUUUUGAAUGGCCCCCGGGCAGAAUGGUCUGCAAUGGGCCCUCUUCCCUGAGUGGCUUAAAAUCCUUGAUCUCUGUUUCUUUACCUUCUGUACUGCCGACUACUUCAUCUUAGACUGAGCCUUGUGUAUCCACGGCUGAAUCUUAACUUUUGAUAAAAGCUUAACUUUGUGUUUUUUGAUGUCAAUGGGACAUUUUCAGUUGCCCUUGCAGAUCUCAGUUAGGAUUUGGCCGUAGAUUGCACCCUAGAUGAUUUGGGAGGCUUUAGUUUUCAGGCUUUUCAAGUUUGAAAGAGAGGGAGGUGCACACUACUUGGUGAAAAAUGUAUGUCUACAGUCUUGGGUUGAGUCAACUAUUAAAUUAAUUUGGAAAUGUGUGAAAGUGAAGAGGCAUGUAUUUCGAUUUUGCACUAAGUCAUUCUCGUCUCACUACACUCUAAGAUAAAGACGUUCCAUGACUUGCUCUCUGUCAUUCAAAACGUUUUUUUAUUUGUUCAGUCUUAUUUGUAAAAUGGGUUGACUCCAUUUUAAAAGUAUGCUUUCAUUUACUUCUAAAAGUUGAUCUAAUCUAUGUAACCCUUCAAUCAGGGUUGGGUAGUAACGGAUUACAUGUAAUGGGCAUUGCGCAAUUAAAUUACAAAUAUAUGAAGUAGGCCUAACAGUAAUCAGCCCGGAUUUAAAAAAAAUGUAAAUAACAAUAAUGUAAUCAGAUUACAGUUACAUUAUUAGAAACAUCUGAUUUACAUUUGGGAUUACUUCAUCUAAUAUCAAGAGAAAGAAAAGGAUAAAGCUUUGUCAGCAUUGCUAUCAUUUAGCACACCCUCAAGAUUUCUCCCAUGCUCUCAAAUAUGCUAAUGUUCUGCUGAUCGCCCAUCAAGGCUUCUUUUGUAUUCAAACGGGUUUAGUGACUAGGUAAGGCUUCCAAAAGAUUUUCCACCUAGCCUUCUGGUCAAUCAGACAGUCGUCUGGACUCAACAGUGUUCCCACGUGCUGCUUUGUAGCAGUGCACUUUGGCUUUGUGUGCUCCUAGCAGGAGAGAGAAAUGCUCUCUGAUAGCUGUCUGGGCAAUAAACAAAAAACACAGUCUUGAAAGCAACCACUGUUGUUACUCUAGACGAGAAGAGGGUCCCAGCUUUCUGUAGGUUAACUUUUAUUGAUCUACUCUUAUUAUUGAACAAAGGGCACUCACGUCGGCGAUUCAAUUCCAAGGUGAUUGUGUAGGCUUACUCAUCAUUAUUAUUCAUUAAUUUACUGAUUAAUAAUCAAUUACACAGGUAUAAUUAGAAUGUAGAUUUAGCAACUAGCUAACCACGUCAUCGGGUGUUGAAUGAGCCCCAAAUGAUUUAGCCUAAAGUGCCCAAAAUGAUGUAUACAAAUGUAAUCUCUAUUGAACAAAAAAAAGGAAGAUUCGGGAACCCUAUUGUGACAGUAAACUAAUAACAAUUGCUUAAUUGUCAAACUCAAAAUUCAUCACAAUGACUGGUUUAGAUUGCACAUCAAAAUAUCUGGAAUCAUGCAUUCCUGCUUGGACAUGUUAGAUUAAACAAAUGUAUUUCUUGAAUCAUACUAAUACACCUCCUUUUUAAUUAAGCAUUUUGAAUGACCUAAGUUAAUUAGGCUAUACAUUCUCUCUAUUGUGUGACCAAAUCAUGGGUGGGUGCCCCAACUAAAACCAUUAGCAUGGAGCCUAUUGACUCUGCUCUAAUACAUUAGAAUAUAGAACUUGUGAAUUAUGGUCCCCAAUUUGGAAAUAGUCAUGUUGCUAAAUUAAUAAUGUAUGCUAUUUAGCUUUUAUCCAAGCUCCAUGCUCUAGGUGCACUUUAAACAUUUUAAAAAAAAACAUCUGGGUGUUAAAAUAUUUUUUAAACUAAGUCAUCUGAUUACUCAAAAUGAGUAAUGUAAUCUGAUUACUGAUCAUUUUUCAUGUAACUGUAAUCCAAAACUGAUUUAAAUUUUAAGUUAUCCGGCCAACUCUGCCUUCUAUGUAGAGUUCAUCCUAAGUGGCUGUGUAUGUGAUCAUGUGACUGUCAUUAGAAUACAGGUCAGGUACAGUACAUUUUGACAAACCUUUCUUUGGAGAAAACAAAGUACAGUAUGAUAUGAUUCUUAUUGUUCUGAGAUGUGGUGUGAAGUUUUUCCCUUUUUCAAAACGGUGACUGGAAAUUAACGGGACAGUCUGAUAAAGCUACUCUACACCAAAGUGCAAUUGAACUCAGAGGGAGCACUGUCUGUGAACCAGUGGGAGUCUACUGGUUGUGAUGUGCACAAUCCUUAUGUACGUAAAAUGAUUAUUCUCUCUUCUUUUCCCAAUCUGUCUUAAUUCAGAUGCAACAUUUUAUUUCUUUUGUUUUCUGUGUACAGCUUGCUUUGGAGUUGUUUGUCUCAAACAGGUACUCUUACUUCUGUACUGUUAUUUCCUAAGGUUGAUGAAAUGAUUUUAAAAAAUCUAUAAAAGAUGUAAG